AUGAUUAACAAGCAUUUCUUUGAAAUUGUGUUAGUGCUGUUGGCCUCUUCUACUCUCUUCUCCCUCGGAUUGAAACUGGCUCUCAUCCAACAAGGAGUAAACAGAGAGAGUUUAAAACUCUGGAAUAAAUUGCAAAAAUCAUCAAUUCAGCAGUGUCUAGCACAGAGGACAAACUUCCUACUUCCCCAGCAGUCUAUGCAUCAUCACUGGUACCAGAGAGGACAAGCACUGGCCAUUCUUCAUGAGAUGCUUCUGCAGAUCUUCAUCCUCUUCAGGGCAGAUAUUUCUCUGGAUGGUUGGGAGGAAAGCCACAUGGAGAAUUUCCUCACUGAACUUCAUCAACAGCUGGAAUACCUAGAAAUGCUUAGAGGCCUGGAAGCAGAGCAGAAAAGUGGCAUUCUCAGUGAUGAGAACCCUAGGCUGCAGGUUAAAAUGUACUUCUGGAGGAUCCAUGAUUACCUGGAAAACCAGGAGUACAGCCGCUGCGCCUGGACCAUUGUUCGAGUAGAAAUCAACCGGUGUCUGUUCUUUGCCUUCCAACUGAUAAGAAAGCUAAGAAAACAAGAAAUGGAUUCCUUGAAGAAUGUAGAGCAAGAGCCAACUGCAGGCUUUAAAAGCAUAGGAAGCUGAAUAUAGAGACUAGGAUACCCCAGGUGCACCCCGUGACAGUAACCGUCUUCUCAGGAAAAUGAUCCAAACCAAGUUUUUGUCUGGAGGGGUUUCUGUUCCUCACGCCUGUGAUUGUAUGAAAUCAGACCUACAACCGUAACCCAACUGGAUGAGGAAUACGAUGUGAACACAAAGGA